CCCUACCCAAGUAAACAACUUCAUUGUGCGGUCUGCUAUGGAGUCGGAUCAUGUGUUUUGCACGGGCCAUUGGUCUGAUUAAUAACUGCUUUUUCUUAUUAGUGUCCUCUAAAAAUACCUUGGAAAAAAACACUAGCAAACGAUAGGGACAUGGGCAUAUCAGUGACAGAGACAAUGAGAGACUGUUAAAGGAAAUAUACACUGGAUUGAACUUUCCACGAUUCCACGGUUUAUAUUCUUCAUGAAUCCACUUUCAAGAUGGAAUCCUGAAGGCCAGUAUUUUCUUAAGCAGGAUCAGGAGGUGUAAUUUUCUAUUGUUGACCUUGCCAUUGACCUCUCACCAUUCCCACAAUGCUUGAUCCGAGUCUGCCCUGGCUAGCCACCGGCUACCGCAACUUCAAGGAAAAAGAAUUUUGCAGACCGCAUUCAGCGACACACUCCACCCACAGAUACUUGGAAAACGGUAGUAACCAUCGAGAGCUGCGCCCCACCACACCCUCUCAGCACCUGCAUCGAAGGGUCAAGAGUGCAACUCAUGGGCGUGUCCAGUGUGGCACGCCCACUGUCAAACAUAGGCUCUCAUCACGACCCCGUAGUGCUCGGUCUACAGAGAACUUUAAGAAUGAGAAAGUGGGCUGUUAUAACUUUUCACCAGAGACCGUCCGAGCAUUGGCAAGACGGCCCAAGAGUGCAUCGGCAGUGUUGCUACGGCAACACAGACCGUCUGCAGCUCAGAAUAAAAGCGUGACGCAAGUCGAACGAUUUCACCACACCCAAGAGCAGCUGAUUAGACAAUAUGAGAAAGUGACUGGAGAAGAAGUACAGCAUUCAUGUGCUUUCUGUCCGGUAGCGUGUAGGCCUACGUCGAGUAGCUCACACAGACCAACAUCAUCAACGGGGCUGCUGGCAGCUCAUUUACCAUCUCAUCAUGAUAGAAGAUAUAACUGGACAAGGCCAAAGACAGCACCUAUCACUAAACGAGAGAUCUCAAGUCUUCCCAGGCAUAAUAAUGUACAAAGAGGGAGAGUACCAUACUACACCAACUUUGUUUCCAAACUUCCCCUCCAUCUUCACGACCGCACCCCAUCCCCUCCAGCUCCUAGGAGGAGACAAGCCUUCCAGGAGGAGGUUCCUCCACCAGUAGUCAAUGAUGAUGAGGAGGAGGAGGAGGUGGUGGAGGAGGUAGGAGAUGACUUCUUGGAGGAGGACAUCAACAUUGAAGAUGACAUAGCAGAGCCAUUAGUUGAAGCAUCAAGCCCCACCCCUCCACCAGCCUUGGUGGAAGAAGAAACUCAGAUGGAGCCUCCAACAGAGGCGAUGGAGGCAUGGACUCCGGAAAUAAUAGCUCCAACACCAACUCCAUCAGUAUCAAGAAGGAACUCAGUAGAUGAGGAGCCACCUGUGAUAGAAGAAGCCCCCACCCCUAUACCCAGCCCUCCUCCCUCACCUAUCCAACAGCAGCUGCCAGAAAAGCCAUCAUCCCCACCACCGCCCCCUCCCAAGAGCCCCUCCCCUCCUCCCAAAUCCCCUACCCCACCACCACCACCAGAACUGUCUAUCAAACCUCCCAGGGAGUGUGUACAUAAACCCAAGCCCCCUGUCCCGCCCCUGCCAAAGGUCAAGAAGGAGGUCAGGAUACAGGAGCCACCCAAAGACCCGCCCAAAGAGAAGCCGGUCGCCGUGAAGAAGGAGAAAAAGCCCAUUCAAAUAGUCAUUAAGAGUCCACCAGAACCACUCAAACCAUCCCUGAAGAAACCCCCCUCCGAGGCCAAGAUAGAAGAAGUGACCCCGCCCAUAAAGAUUGAACCCCCUCCCUUAGCUACCCUAGAGCCUGAACCUAUUGUAGAACCUCCUGUGAAACCCUUCCCUAAUGGAGAGACUAAGGUGGAGGAAGAGAAGGCUCCAGAUAAAACAGAUAAUGGCCCUCCUGCUACCCAAGAAGUUGCGGAGAAGAAGAAGCUUGGCCCACCUCCAACCAAGGUCAAAGUUGAUAUGUUUGGGAUGGAUCCUCAGUCUAUAAAACAAUUACUUGACCUCCAGAUGAGAGCCAAGCGCCAAGGUGGUAACCAAUCAGAUGAUGAGGAUGGACCUCACCCAGGCCUUGCUAGCCUACUGGAACCAACCAAUAGGAUGUUGAAACAGAGUGACUGGUUAAGGGGUCGUAUCGCCCUCUCUAGACGAGCGGCUAGGUUUGAACUUCCUAUGGACGUUGGUGAUUUGGCUAAGAUGUCUCCCGUAGAAUACCUGCGCAGGCACUGCAUCAUCAGCCAACGCAGGCGGGCGCUAUACAAGAAAGCUUUUGUGAAGGUGGACAAAGACAAUGAUGGGAAAAUAAAUCGAAAGGAGGUAGAGAAGGCAGUAUUAGAUGCUUUGGUUGACACCAUUCAACCAGACAAGGUAGCCGUUGUUCUAGGAUACCUUGGUGCGGAGGGUGAUACAGUCUUCACCUCAGGUUUCUUUGGUGCCUUCUGUGCACUUCUUGAAAGGCUCUACUACAGAGAGUUUACGAAAGAUGACAUUGGAGAGAAGAAGGAUACCAAGGAGAAGGAGAUACUGGAAGAAGCGGAUUUUUCUGGUUUGGACUGGAAGCUACAUGGACAAUAUGUGAACCCACCUCUGAAGAGUCUUCUGUACAUGCUGUGAUUAUAACAUGUGUCUACAUGGACAGAGAAGCAUACCUCUAAACCAGAAUAUAUCUGAUUGAAGUGGUUUAUUCUGGUUUGUACCCGUUGAACCCCCAUUCGAAACAGGGCCUUCGAUCUCUACAUGCUAUGAACCCUUCUUUGUCAUGUAGGACAGCUGUGUAUACGAACUGGACUAUAUCCAAAUCAUGAAGUGGACUAAAAACCGGUUUUGACUGGAUGCCGCAAAGGCAGUAUAUGAACCCAACUGUAGAGAGUGCAUGAUUUGAAUACAGUUGUAUCAUCUUGGACAUGCAGGAAUCAUUAAGGAGGAGAUGGAUUUAUCCAGUUUGGACCGAAGGCAAGUUGCACACGCAUAAUACCUCUGUAUAUGUGGAGUGGGAAUAAAAGCUGUAUCAUCUAGCAAGGAUAGAGGCACAGGUCUCUGCACUCAAAAUUUCCUCUUGUUUGUGGAUAACUUAACCUCUAUUCUCGUGAUCAUUUAUUAAAAAGUUGUAUGUUGGAGAGCUAUAUAGGACGGCAUUAACUUUAGUACGGUAGAUGUAAAAAAAGAAAAUGAAAUAUUGCUUGUCUAUCCUUUGAAAGACAAAAUGAUCCCCUCUCCUGUAUUUGAUUGUGAUUGGAGACAUAUUGAACAUGGGAGAGUGGCAGAAAAAGAAGAGUGGCAGAGAUCAUGUCUCGGAAGGUGGUGAAGAAGUUAGUCUUAACAGUCCAAAACACAUGCUCCAGGGCAGUGUUUCACAAAAUCAUCAUAAGUACAAGUUUGCCAACAGCCUAUGAAAACAUAUCUAAUAAAUUGGACACCGUUUCAAUGGGAUGUUGGUGAACUUGAACUCUUGACGGUUUCGUGAAACGAUGCCCAGGAUCCUUCCUUCGUAUAAGUAAAACAGUAUUGGCAUGUGAACAAAACAGAAUGCAGUUUGGAAGAUCGACUGUUUCAUGGUGCAUCCUUGUAUCUCCUUUAUGCAAGUCUUUAAGGCUAAUUCAAGAAAGGUCUUUUAGUUAGUAAAACUUAUCAUCUUGCCUUUGUUGAUGGUUGUGUUUGUUUUUGGUCUGUUGAUAACCAGAGAGGUGUUAGCUCUGUGAAGUUCAUAAUAAGGUAAUGCUCUUCAAGCUCACAGUAGACAACGAUGUGUAGAUAAUGCUUUUAUGUGGUUAGGGGAGGUGUGGAAGUGUGCCUGGGACAUUGGGUAGUUAUAUCAUAUUGGGGUAUCAGGGUAUAUAUCUGGGUAUUUUUGCACAAAGUUUGAGAUACGUGUAGACCGAUUUUACUUUAUUGUACUUUUGAAUGAAUGCUCAACUCUUAUGCAAGUGGAAAAAUAGUCAUCAGUACUUGUCUAUUUAUAAUGUUAUUUAUUUUAUUAUGUUGAAAUCCCUUAGUUCUCCUAAAAAGGUUAUUUAUAUUUAUCAGUCUUUCUUCUUGAUGAUUCUUUAAUGCUGAGAUUGUCAAGCACAAAUCUUUGGCAAUAUCAACCUCAUGGUAUCUCAUUCACUAUAGUUCAGUGUGCUAUCAUUUAAGAUUACUGAUACAUGUUUGUUUUCAUGUUGAAAUAUUUCCUUUAGUUUUUGUUUUAUUAACUCUAUAUUAAAGCAACUCAAGGUUUAAAUAAAAUGUAUGCUUUUGAGAUGGGUGUUUACUUUGUGUAUACUAGAAUACAGUACUAGUUUUGGUAGUGGAUAACAAGCAGAAUGGUUGAACCAUGAUAUUUUCAGUGCACUUUUGGUGUGUGUAAACUUAAGUGGGAGUUCUGUGGAAUAGAUUUUUGGAUUACUAUUUGGUGAACAUUCAAAUGUGUCAAAAUCAAUUAUUAUAAUUAUAAUUAUUAUAUUAGUAUGAGAGAAUUUAAGUAUUUCCUUUAAGAGCCAAAGUACUACAUAGAUCUUGCAUCAGUCCGAUUACCUCUUGGAUUGUUCAAAAUAUCUAUAUUUCUGCAACUGUUUUAUCUAAGCUGAUUCAUUUGAUAUUUGUAAUCACAGUUAUGUACUGUUUUAUAUAUUGAAACAGAAGAUUAAUUACUGUUCAACCUUACAGUUGAGGAACUUUUCCAAGCAAUGACAUUCUUUCAAAAUAUAUUGAUUUAGAUGUAGAUUUCAAGUGAAAUCAAUCAAUUGUGAAUACAUAGAAAUAUACUGAUGUAAUAAAUAGAUCUAUUUUUAAAACUGAAA